ACUAAGUCAAAAAAUUGUGUAUAAAGACUCGUGCAACCAUCAUUUAAAUAAAAAAAGAAAAAACAUAAACUAUUGUUAUGUCUUCAGAAAAAAGCAAAAACUUAACAUGGACUGAAAAAGAACUAGCUGGUGUUAUUCAGAAUAAAGAUGAUAGAAAACACAGAUCUUCUAAAGAUAAAACAAGAGAAAAGUUGCGUUCUAAAGAAGAACUCUCAAAGAUAAAGAGUGGCAAAGAUCAGUCAUCAACUUCUUCAACAUCUAAGCAAAAGUCAAACAGAGAUCUGGAAUCUAGUCAGUCAAGAAAAAAUGAUAGUAAAACUGAAAGUGAAAGAAGAAGCCAUUCAAAACCUGAUCAUCGGACUAAAGAUAGUGACCACAAAUCUUUACAAAAAAGUCUUGUUGAUGAGACAAGUCAUAGAAAAAAACAAGAUGAAAAUAAAGAUGCAAAGCAUCGUAAACAAAAAAAUGAAGCGAAAAGUCACAGGGACUCCACACAAAAGGAAAUUAAUCAUGAAACUGUAAAAAUGGAAGAUCUCUCUCAAAGAAAUUCAAAAAAGCAUCACAAAUCACGUGAAAGUACAAUAGUACAAUCUGAUAACAAAUCUAGUAGUGAUGGUAAUCACCAUAGAAAUAAAGACGACAAAAAUUUAAACAAAAAAACAAAACACAAAGAAGAAGAAGAAACUCCAGUAGAGGAAAACAAUGUUGAUGAUUACAAUUAUGAUGAUGAUGAGUUUGAUGAAUAUGAUGAUAACGAUUUUGAAGAAGAUGAUAGUGAUGAUAAAGAAAAGAGUGAAGAUGAAGAAAAAAGUGAAGAUAUUAAUGAAACAAUAAAAAACAAUGGGAAUAACUCAAAAAUGUUGCUUAAAUCUGAUCAAAAUGAUAUUGAUGAGAUAUCAAAAGCAAUAAUUGCAGAAAAUGAGCGGACAAAAAUAAAAAGCAAGAUAUCAGCUGUUAAUGAAACAAGUCAAGUUCGACAUGAAGUUAUAAAAGAUCAAUCACAAAUUACAAAAGAUACUAGUAAGAUGAAUUUUACUGCUGAAAAUCAACCACAAAUUACUAAGGUUACUGGUAAAAUGAAUUUUACAGCUGCAAAUCAGAAACAAAUUAGUAGUAAAAAGUCUGAAAAAACUAAACAAAGGGCAGAGGUUUUAUUAAAGCUUAUUCAACUUGAUGUCCGUGAAUUUGAUUUGUUUGAAAUGGCUUCGUUGACAGAAUAUGAGCUUUACAUGAAGAAGUUUGGUCAAUCAGAUGCAAAACAGAUAUAUACACAAACAAAUGAUGAUGAUGUUACACAAGAAGUUCAAACUGAUGACAUUGAAUUUGAAACAAGAUGGUGUCAACACUCUCAUGAUCUCAAAGCAUGUGGAAUUGAAGGUGUGAAACAGCGUGAUUCUGGAUCUUCUAUGAUAUCAACAGAUUCUGUUCGUCUAAAUAAGUUUCUUAUUAAAGCUUCAAAGGUUUGUUUAUCUUUGUUAGAAGAAUUGGAAGCUGGGAUAGAGCUUCUUCAGCUACGAUAUACAGAGAUGAGAACACCAUAUAGUGAAGGUUAUGUGACUCUUUCUAGCUCUGACUUCUUGAUACUAGGAAGAAACUUUUGUGAUAUUUCUUACUCGCCUACCCAAACAAAUCUUAUGCUAACUGCAUAUGGACCAAGUAAUGUUGUGAAAAAAGGACACAAGUCUCCAAAAGGUUUGCUUUGUGUUUGGAAUUCCAAUGAACCAAACAAAGCAUUUAUGCUGUUGACAUGUGAAUCGAAACCUAAUUCAUGCUGUUUUAGCACAGAAAAGGCGCAUUUAGCAUUUGCUGGAAUGGAAGAUGGUGUAUUAGCUGUUUGGGAUCUUCGGGAACCUGAGAGUUAUCAUAACACAGAAUUAGUAGGAAAUACUCCUCAAGUUUUUCGCAAUGCCACAUUUACAACAGCAGCUUCAAGUGAUGCUAAUUGCUUUCCAAUAGUGAAAUGCAUGCCACUUGUUUCUUAUGCAAGUUUAAAAGCUGCAUCAAAUGGAGAAGGAGGUGAUAUAUCAUUUCAGCUAGCAUCGUUAGAUGAAAAUGGUUCUGUCUCAAUAUGGAUAGUUGUUGAAGUUGAAAAUAAUAUAUAUGAUCUAUCCAAUAUAAACGAAGACUUAGGACUAUCGCCUAAAGGAAAAGUAAAACUUGUAAAAACCACUGUAAUACAGUCACAUAAAACAAGCUCUUCUUUUGAAAAUCUAUUUUUUGUGACAUGUAUGGAAGUAGACCCAUCAAAUCCAAAUCAUAUUUAUAUUGGAACAGAACAAGGAGAAGUUCUCCAUCUGAGCAGAUUUGGUAAAAGACCUACUCCAAAGCAAUUUGUACAUAAAGAGGAUUCAGCAGUGCGUGUAAAUGCAAUUAAUAUUUCACCAUGGAGAAUUCCUUACAUAUUGGUAUGCUAUAAAAAUGGAUCAGUUCGACUCUACAACAGCAAAUAUGAAAAGUCUAUUUUGAGUUGGAGUUCAUUUAACAACGGUAUUGAAAUUAUUGAUGUUCAAUGGUCACGGAGUAAACCUAGCAUCUUUUUUGCUAUGGAUGCAAAUUCUUUUUUAUUUAUCUGGGAUUUGUUAGUAGAUGAUUCUUUACCUAUCCAACAGUAUCAGCUAAAAAGAAAAGACAAGAGAGCCAUUGGAUUUAAAUUUGCUAACGAUUACUCAGCAAUAGGUAUUGGUACACCAGGUCGUGCUCCAGAAAUGGCAGUUGUAUAUGGUGAUGGAUCAAUUGAAGUUCAUCGCUUAUCAAGACAAAUUUCAAAUAUGUCAGCCGAAGAUUUCGAUAAAACAGAAGAAUACUUAGCACAAUUUACAGCAGGGUCAUAAAUAAUUUUUUAAUUAAAAAUUUAAAAUAUUUUUUAUCAUAGGUGUAAUAUAUUGUUAUGAAUUUAUAGAUGUAAUAUAUUUAAAUAUAAAUUUGUGUGUGGAAUUUACUAUUUCUAUUGCGCAUGGAAAUUUCAUAGUAUAUUAAUUUUAGUUUUUCUUUUAA